AUGAGGCUCGAGAAUCGAAUCCAAUUAAUGGAGCACACACUACGGCUACAGCUAACCGGCCAACAAAAAGGAGAGAAUAAUCGGGUCUCUGGUACGCCAGUAGAGCGGCCAACCUCCAGUCUUCAUGACGGGUUGGGCUCUUAUCCGACGCAAGAGAUCCAGGGUGUGCAAUGUACCGGCUUGGCAGAUGCGCGGCUGCCAGCAUCCCGGUCGCCUCCUUCCGACGGUCAUGACGGUAAUCUACUAGUGGGUCUGGCUCUUGACGGCUCCGAUUCUCUGUUGGAUGACAUUUUGGAUCCUACGCCGCGGGAAAAUUCAGAAACCACUGCAGUCGACGUGACGCGAUUGACGGAGCCACUGUUGCAAGCUCUAAUUGACACAUUCUACUCCUCUUACUACCCGAUAUUCCCUAUUGUUCAACAACAGGAUUUUCAAUGGCGAUAUGAUCGCUGGUUAUCCAUGCACCGAAGCGACGAUGGCGAUGGCGGUGAUUUUUCUUUUCUAUUGUACGCAUUACUCGCCGUGGCGGCGUCGGCGAUCCCAGCUGACCACGCGAUAUUUGACCAACCUGGCCUGCAAAUCUACAAGCGCGUAAACCUUGGAGAUCUGCUUUACUCACAUGCCACUUCCAAGUGUCCAGGACUGCCAUUUCAGCGGGAUGGAGAGCAUUCCAUAAACGCUGCCAUUGCACUAGGUCUUCUCAGCCUCUAUCUCAUUGAGAUCGGUAACGUGAGUAGUGCAUGGGCCAUCGCGGGUCACGCAAUCCGCCUGUAUCAAAGCCUGGAGCUUGAGGAGCUCGAGGAUAGCGCAGAUGGAGCGCCCGACGUAGGCGAGACUUGGAACCCACAUGGCAAUGUCUGGUGGUGCUUAUAUAUUCUGGACUGCUCUCUCUCCACAGCUCUUUCCAAGCCAUUGGCGAUCUCUGAUACGGAGAGUGAUCUGAGAUACUAUGACGAAGAAAGUCGUCCCGCACUGGGGCUCGACGCCAAGACAAGCCCCUGGUUCUCUGUCAUUGCAGACUUUCAUAUUACCAUAAGCCGCAUUUACAGGUCAAUACGAUGGAUCCGCAAGACCCAUCGAGUCCAGAAUGAUAAAAUGUGGGAGACGCUUCGAUCCUGCACGAAAAGAUAUGAUACCGAACUGGAAAACUACUACAACAAGCAGGUUCUGUCAAAGGUCGAGGAGCCAAGCACACAUGGGAGACCUCUAGCACUACAAACCAUUGCCAUAUCAUCAUACUACAUCGGAAUCGUCCUUCUCUACCGGACAUCUAUUGAGCAGUUUAACGCCGCGGACCCGGAAGCAUUUCUCCGUUGCGCAGAGGCCGCAUCCAACUGUAUCAAGGCCACACCGCAAGUGAUUAAAAACGUGCCAAUUAGCCAUUUCGUGGUUCAGCAGACCCGUGCGGUUUAUGCCAGUACCAAAGUCCUGUUACACUGUAUGCGCCUAGCCCGGAAUGUGACGUUCAACAGCAAGGCGUGGCGCGAUGUCGAGACGGGUUUUGACAUGCUGUGCAAGAUCGACAUCCAGUGGCCCCAAAUUAGGAAAUACCAGCAGCUCAUCGAGGGGGAUAUGCAACGGACACAGAUUGAAUUUAAUAGGCACGAGCUGUUUCAUGGAUUAUUUGAUCGCUACGGGCAGCAGGAAGCUAGUAAGAGAGGAGGUGAACCUGCUGAGCGCCACGAAGAUCCACCGAGUAUUGAUAUGGGUCAAGAUUGGCAGCCUUUGGAACACCAACCAAAGCGACGCAAGCUGUCGCAGAACUUUGUUGGCCAUGAGUCUGUUUCAACUGUUUCCUCAGUACUGAACAUUGCACGGAGCGAGGAGCCAGACGGAUAUGCUGCGGUGGACCAGACAAUAAACAUCGGCGAUUUUGUCCUCUCCGACCUUCCACCGUUGUCAAUUGCUUUGGAAGAUUCGUCAUCGGCGAACUUUUUUGGAGAUGCAACGUUAAUGUCGCCCAUGGAUCAAAUUGUCUCCUAG